AAUUCCAGUAUUAAUCUUCGAGUCAAGGCCGAUGUCGAAAGGUGACUACACCACUGGAAGAAACUCAGUGUGAAGAGAGACGAAAGAAUUGAAAAAAGUAGCUAUGUUUUGUACGUCUGCGUGUUUGGUUAGCUGCCGUAGACAACUGAGCUCACAACUACAUUGACAUUAAACGACUAUGUGGUUGUGUUGCCGGCUCUUUUUAACUGUGUUAGUUUGUCGGUAUGAACACUUUGCGGCUAUGUAUUGAAGCGGCUAUUCAGAAUACAUUUGACCGUCAGCGAGUGUGAACGUUAGAUUUUUCUCUGUUAUGUUUAUAAGUUACACCUUAUUUAUAAUAUCACUAGACCGAAUCAAUACGAGUGAAUAAUUUGUUGUAUUUUCACAUCAACUAACUAAUGUUUUAAUAAAUUUAACGAUUGUUGUGUUUCUACUGAGUGCGUAUUUACAAUCGUGAAAAAAGAGCGUUCGUGCUUAAAUUUAAAACGAAAAAACUUCAAACUUAUACCUAGCAAAACCGGGUCUGGUUUUUGAAAACGCAAUAGUUGGUAAUUGAGGAAUGCGUGUAUUAGUUGAUAUGGCUCUAAAGGAUCGAUACUACAUUAAUGGAAUUAUGCGACGCAACUCCGUCUCUAUCUCACCACAACCACAAAGAGAAGAAGAGGAUCGAAAAUUCAAUUUAAACGAACUUAUAGCAGUCGUGAGCAGUGAGGAAGAUGAUUUGGAACAGGAAGAAUGCAAUAGUAGCAUAAAACAAGGAGUUUCAUCAUGCAUAUCUAACAUUCAACCUGUAAUUCAAAGCGUCAAUCCCAUCAAUACUGGAGUGCCAGGUCGCAAUGCUCUAGAACAACGUUCAAUAUUUCAAGAUUGUCAACCAAGCGAUCGACAGCCAAAUGAUCGACAACCAAGUGAUCAUCAACCAAAUUCAAAUUUACCCUACGAUGCAUUGCUUAAAACCGUGUCUGCUCUUGCCGAAACGGUAAAAUCAUUGAAGAAUAAUUUCGAAAACUUUGAAAAUGCACGAAAUUCGAAGAAGAAACACAAGAAAAGAAGUCGAAAGCAUUAUUCAAGCGACAGCACAUCCGGUGAUUCCAGCAGUUCGAGUAGUUCAAGUGUCGAACGAAGACGAAAGAGACGGCGUCAUCGUCACAAGUCGUCACGUUCGCACCGCAAACGAUACGAUUCGAGCUCCGAGUGUAGUUCCGAACGCGAUUACAGGAAAUAUCAUCGACACUGUUAUCAUUGUUGUAAAUAUGAGGAAAAUAUCACGAAACCCAACCAGAACCAGGUGACUGUUCCGCAGAUUAGUGCUCCGAUUCGAAAUCAAAACAAUACUUUGCCGGUGAAAGAGACUCCUCAACAUCGAAUUGUGUAUUCACGCAAAAAAAAUGAAUUGCAAUCGCAGCAAAAUGAGCCAUCAACGUCGCACCAAAAUGGAUUGCAAGCAAAGAGGCGAAAUUCAAUCAGACAAUCAUGUAGCGAACGAAAGAUUGUCGAAACUGACGAUUCUGAUGGGACAUUGUCGGAAAAUUCAUCUUCAUUUUCCAAACGUCCACGCAAACCAAUUCUUCGGCCACAAGCAACAGUCUCAUUCAAGCGAAGGAAUUCCAUUGCUGCUAAUGGUGGUGCGACACAAGAUAUAUUUCGUCCGCCCAACACGAACAAGAGCCUUUAUUUUGCCAGCAGAAAUGCAAGCACAUGCCAAAUUUGCAAGAAGUCCGUCGCCCGUAUUGUGUCCCAUUACAAAAGAUUUCAUGAGAAUAGUGAAGUGUACGUGUCACGGAUUUCCAAGAAAAUGGUUGACAAAGCCGAAAAUGGACUACAUGGCGCUAAAAAAUCCCCCAAAUUAUCCGGAAGAAUCAAAGCAAUAUGCUUUUUUUGUGAAGAGAAAAAAGAAUUUGCGCCAAGUUAUUGGUUUGAUCAUUACCGAAGUCACACAGGAGAAUAUGGAUUCAAAUGUGAUGUGUGUGAUGUCAUGUAUUCAAUCGGCCGUGAUUGUUGCAAACGAGCAGCAUCCAAAAUAUUCGACGAUGAUCUGUAUAGUAGCGAUUUUGUUGCCUUCAUUUGUGAAAUUUGUAACUUUGUCCAAGUCGAUGAAGCAACCGUUCGGAAGCACUUGCGAGUUGAGCAUGACGAUGUCGCAGACACUCAAUAUCACGAAAUCACUCUACUGCCAUCAAUGAGAAAAAUCAACAAACGAUCGAUAAUGUUUAUUCCUGUAUUGCCAUUUUCAUUCUCACAGCCCCAAAUCAUCUUGAAGUGAAUAGUUUUGUCGAUGAAAACUCAGUGAAAUGUGUUUGUUAUAGAGAUCCCAUAGAAUAUCCUCUGGACUAUUUUCAAGCAGCGACGAUUUCCAAAAUAUAAAAGGUGAACACAAUGUUGUUUCAAGCUCUUUGAAAUCUAGACCAAGUGAAAAUAACAUGGAUAAUAUUGGAGCUAAAAUUGUUAACCCGUUUGAAAUGAUAAAAAGUCUUAAAAAAUUAAACGACGAAGUGAGAUCUCUUGCAGAAAUAUUGAAUCAAAAGAAUCGAGAAAUUUAAAUGAAUUUAAAUCCAGUUGCUCUAGCAGUUCAAGUGGGUCACAAACGAAGCAUAAGAAACGUAAUAAGAUUUCUAACUCUUAACGCUUUCGAUGCAAGCACCAAUCAAGGUCAAUCAAAGCCCGACGGGUGCUUGGAAUCUCAAUCGACAAGUAAAAACGAGUAUCACCAAACACAUCGAUUCUCCGAAUAGAAAUGAAGUGAAUUCGGAAGGAAAGUCGGUUGAAAAUGAAAAUAACGAAAAUGUCAAAAAUUCAGGAUAUCGCAUAGUGAACCGGAAUCAAGAAGAGUCAUCGAUAGCUGCCAAUGUGGAAGGGAAUCAUUCUUUGCAAUCAAAACGAGGGGAUUUUGCAAAAUAACGAAAAGAAUUCGAAUUAAAUUUCAAUUUAUUUCCAGUUUAAUUUAACAUAUUACGGAUUUUUUCUAAAUAUAUAUUUUUCUUUUUGUAGAUGUCAGUCUGGAAGAACAUCGAUAAGAGUCUAGUCUACACUGUAAGUUUUCGGAGGGGAAUGAGUAAUCUAGAUACAGUGCGAAAUGGCGGUUUCAACUGUUUUUGGAUGAAUUUACACUAAUUUUAGGGGAAAAUGUGUUAUUGCUUAUGCGAACGCUCAAGUGGCUACUAUUCAUAUACGUGCCAAUACAUAGACACGCACUGGUCACCAAGCCUGUACAGUUGUAUGUAUUGUAAACUUUGCACAGAGCAACUCGUUCAAUACAUACAACUGCACAGACUGGUGACCAGUGCGUGCCUAAGUAUUGGCACGUAUAUGAAUAGUAGCCACUUGAGCGUUCGCAUAAGCAAUAACACAUUUUCUCCUAAAUUAGUGUAAAUUCAUCCAAAAACAGUUGAAACCGUUAUUUCGCACUGUAUCUAGAUUACUCAUUCCCCUCCGAAAUUUUGGUGUGUACAGCAGUCAAAAUGCAAAAAAUUACCAGGUACAUUACGCUGCCCCCCCCAUAAUUUGUGCUGGGCUGAGACCGGUGCCAAUAAUUUGUGCUCAAUUUGUGCUGACCAAUGGUACCAUCCGUUUAAUUUGUGCUGGCCUGGGAAGCUAGCACAAAUUGAAAAAUGUGAAAAAAGCGAUUCUUCGAUUUUUGGCACUUUACAGGUGAAGUACCUUAAAAUCGAUUUUUUUGUAUCGCCACUAGGCUGAGAAAUUUGUGCUCAAUUUGUGCUGGCAAAUGCCAUUCUCAGAUCCAAAAAAUGUUCACUGGGGACCGAGCACUAAUUGUAGAAGUGUUUGAAAAGUCGAUUUUUGGCCUUUUUACAGGGGAUCUACACAAAAAUGUAACUUUUUUGUAUCGUGACCGGGCUAUAAAAUUAGUGCUGGAUUAGUGC